CAAAGUACAAAGAAAGAAAUUAGAUGAUUAUUUAAAGGUCUUCAUAAAGCAGGGUAAUUUUUACUUUAGCCAGUCGUGAUUGGAGCCCUGUGGUGAAUAAAUAAGGCUUGGUUGCUCAGUUACUCGAACGUGAUUCAAGAUGGCGACCGGUGGACAACAAUUAACAGCAGAAGAGGAAGACGCUACUGAACUUCAGUUCCCAAAAGAGUUUGAAAAUGCUGAAACUUUGUUGAAUUCUGAAGUUUAUAUGUUGCUGGAACACAGAAAGAAGAAGAAUGAAAGUGCAGAAGAAGAACAAGAACUUUCAGAAGUGUUCGUUAAAACUCUUAAUUACACUCAAAAAUUUAGUCGAUACAAAAAUAGAGAAACCAUCGCACAGGUUCGAAGUUUAUUAGGCAAGAAAAAACUUCAUAAAUUUGAACUUGCAUGUCUUGCAAAUCUCUGUCCAGAAACAGCUGAAGAAGCAAAAGCCCUUAUACCAAGCCUAGAAGGACGGUUUGAUGAUGAGGACCUCAAACAACUAUUAGAUGAUAUUCAGACCCAUAGAAGUUUUCAAUAUUAAUCAUGGUGGGGUAGGGCAGGCUGCAUUUUCUGUUGUCUACAUAAUUUAUAAUUUGUUCAUAAAGUGAUUACAUCAAAAUCCUGAAGCUUUGGAUAUCAUAUUUGUUUUAAUUUGUAAGUCGUAAAUUAGCUUGUAAGAGAAAUUAAGAUCAGAAUGUAGUACUUUUUAGACUUUUGCCUGAGUGGAUCAUGACAGCAGUAGAGUUAUAAAGUUUAAACACAUUUAUUACAGAAAUACAUGUUUACAGCACUUCCUGAUCAUGCCAAGGAAACACGGCAGAACCCCUUUUGUUUGGCUGGUAUUUGUUUUAUUGCAUGUCAGCCAUUUUGAAUUUCGUUUAAGUGCUGACCACGAAAUCGCGAGUGCUUUCGCCUAAGAAAUAUCAUGAAAAAUAGCUUGAUUGACAUCCACCAAAACCUACUUUAUCUUUUUGUUUUUAUUUAUUAGCAAUCUUGGAAAUCCUUUCCUGCCAAUAACUGAAUUAUUCUGUCCUGGGUGGCAGCUACCAUAUUCAUUGCAGAAAUAGACUUUGAAGUGCAUUUCUUUUACAUGCAUUAAUCAGUCAAUAAAUAAUUGUUAUGCGUUACC